CCAAUUGGAUACCACGAAAUUGGGGAGAAAAAGAGUAUUGGCUCUCUGAUGAGGCGGGUAUUUGUGAUGCGGACUGUCAGCAUGGUGUUCCAGAGCUCCCUCCUGACCGUGCUGGAACCUUCUCCACUCAUGAAAGGUAUGGCAGUGUUGAGUUUGAGCAUUCAGCACUUUCUGGGCGGCCUCAUCACAACGCUCACCUUCACAACCAUGAUGCACUGCACACAGAGAGCGGAGGAGAGUGUACAGGCCACCCACUACAGUUUCCUGUCCACUCUGGAGGUACUGGGGAAGCUGAUGUUCGGUGCCCUGGCAGGGGGCCUGGUGGACUGGGUGGGUUUUCCCACCGCCUUCCUCCUUUUCCUGGUCCUCUCUGCCGGGACAGCCCUCCACAUCUGGAAGGCCACAGACACAGGGGCGCUCAGGGAAGAGCCCAAGUGAUCAGCUUUUUGUUCUAGCCCUUACUAACACAUCAGAUCAAGCUACUCAAGGGGUCGAUGAUCAGUUGAGUCGUUGAACAAGGUGUGUGAGUGUAGGGUUGGAACAAAAACCUCCACACCCUAUAGAUGUCCAGGACUAGAGAUGGUGAUCACUGAGAUUGAGGAGGAGGAGGAAGUGUGUUGCAUGAGUGCGAAGCAAAUUCUGUCGUACGUCGGCGUCCUAGAAAAACUCUCACUUUUUUAAAACAUAAAUUGAACUUUUCACAGAACAUUCCACUCCAUGUUCUGUGAAAGAUUAAUGAAUCUAGUACUAAUAUAAGUAAUUCAAAAAGCCUUGUGAAUUCCCAUUAAUAUAUGGCAACAACAACAUUGUUUCAGAUUCCUGAAAAGUGAACUUUUUUAUACAAGAUUUUUCCAGGACACUGAUGAGUAGCUAUAUUGAGUUGGGGGGAUUGGAUCAGUAGCAUAAGGGAUAGGGAGGGAAAUAAAUAAAUGGGAAAGCUGUUAAGGGGUUGUUGGAGGACAUACAGUACCAUCUGAGCCAUUUUCAUAUUUGCCAAGGCUGCAGUAAAAUUUAAUCCAGCAGUUAUACUUAGCCAUUGAUUAGCCAGCGAUGAAGGUUAUAUAUAUGUCAUAUCAGUUUCCUUUUUGAACUUGUUCUGUGGUGACAUUUUUGAAUGAAUCCCUACUACCUCUUAUCAACACUGUAAGAUACGCAGAAGAAGCUAGUGAGCUGUAAAGUACAACAUUUGCUAGCUAGCGUGCAAUUUUGAUUAGAGGUAGCUAGCUUGAACCAUUACUCUGCUAGCCUAGGUUAGUUGUUAGCGCAAUUAGAGAACCAGGUCAGACUUUAUUUAUAUAGUCCGGAUUUUAAAUCUGUAGAUGCUCUACAGAUGGUCAUACUAUCAACAAACUAUCUGUUGAUAAGCAACUGCUUGCUAUGGUUACUGUUAGGUGUAGGGUUAGGGUUAAGGUUAGGGUACGGUCUAAGCUUAGGGUUAUAAUAACGGUUUAGGUUACAGCUAGGGUUAGUAGAUAGUUAGUUGAAAUGUUACUGAUGGUCUAUAUCUACAGAUGGACUAUCCAAAUAAAGUAUUACCGAGAACAGUACUGUAGCCUUACAUUUUGUAUGGUGGUUAGUUUUCCAAGAUUGGCAACAAAAAAAAUGAAAAAUAUAUAUUGUACAUUUUUAUGAAUUCUGGGGGGAAAUUAUAUUUAUAUGUAAUUUUUCAUAGAUGCUGGUUGUUUAACUACCUGCUGAUAUUGCUUGUUUGAGUUGUUAAAUAAUGUGUAAAGUUCUUAAGAAUAACACACACCUUAUCUAAUCACUUUUUAGUGGGCUUGAAACAUACAGCAGUUGAAGCAACUUAGAUUGUGGUGCAGUUCAUUCGACUGGUGAGAGGCGUCUACUGGCAAAAGGACUGAAAUAUUCAACCAAUGCCUCACACUGAUUGAAUACCAUCUGUCUUUUGUUUACCGUGUCACACAUUGUGAUGGCUGAAUUACAAUAUAACAGAUAGUCACAGGGAUGAAAAUCACAGGGGACAAGCCAAAGGGAUGACAGUUCACAGAGGUGGCAUAGUGACACUAGGCCUAGGCAGUUUCAGGUAGGGACAGCCGUGGGGAGAUAAAACCAGAGCAGCCAUGUUAUGAACUGUCAUGAUCAGCAAGGUCACUUUGACCAAUACAGCCAAGUCCACACUAAUGUAAAGCACCUGUUGCAAAGCACACCCCUGCCUCUGACACAUGCUGAGAGAUUGUCACUAAAUAAAGCUGCUGCCCAAAUGUCA